CUAUGACGGACGGUAACAUCUCCGCUAUCUUGGAUUCCCUACAGACAGGAUACGAUAAGAGAAUAAGACCCCAAUAUGGAGAGUCGCACGUGGACGUCGGUAUUACGAUGCAUAUUCUCAGUAUUAGCUCGCUCUCUGAAGUUCAAAUGGUACAUACAUGUGCUCCUCGUUGUCGCGCUCCUAAGUACCACUAGUAAGGCAUUAGUGUUAAGGCGUGGGUUGGACCAGCUGAGCGGAAAGGUCUGGUACAGUGGCCGCAAGUUUGGUCUUAAUUACCUUGCGCGGGGAUGCCUCCUCCUUCUCUUCCUUGAAGGGCAUCCCCCUGCAAGUGAUCCUCGGCUCAGGUUAUCUGCACUUGUUUUAUUUAUUCAAUGUUCAUUUGUAUAUAAAGGUAACCCAAGUCGAGGCUGAAGUGUUAGUCACUGUUGUGCUGUUUUUAUUCGCACUUGUUGGAGUCUGCUGUGUUCCUGGGUGGCUUUCCUAGCCGACAAAGGCUGAAACACCAUCCAGGAGACCCAGAGACCAUAAAAAAUACGACUUGUCAGCCUCCGAAGGGGUGAUCACAGUGCGUUCCGAGAGGACGGCGGCGCGACACAGCCCCCCCUCGGCCCUGGAUGACCCUUUCCAGAUAUGUCCGGCCUAGUUCCGCUCGCUGGCCGACCCACGAGGACCUGAAGGGGGUUGCAACGUUUGUCCUGUGGGGCCGCCCAGCUACUUCUUGACAAAUGCCAGACGUCGACUUCGGUCCUAAAGUCUGGAUUCAAAGGAGUUGCCAUCAUUUAGCUGCAUGAGAGGAAUAUUUUGUACUGACUUUGAAUCCAGACUAAUUGAGAUUGUUCAUGUAAUGCAGAAACAUCUCAGGCAUGUGUGAGUCUUAGCAGUUUGUUUAGAAAUAUUAUGAUAAACCUAUUUACCUCAAUGUUGUCAAGAAAUCAAUAUUUACCAUUAAUGUGUUUUCCAAAGACUAUUCCAGCCAUCAGACUUAGCCAUGUAGCACUAGUUUUUAUAUCUAGCCAUUGAUAACUAUGAUAUUUUAGCCAUAUCAAUAUAGCCACCAUAAAAAUUCAUUAAGCCUGGAUGUUUCUGUUAUUUCUUAUGGACAGAAAGUACAGAGACGGUUCGCUUGACCUGUGGUAGCCGCUGUACAGAAGGCAUACCACAAAGGAAUACAAAAUAAUACAAUACCAAUAAUAUCAUAUCACCAAAUAAAAUCUUUAAUGUCAAUUCCUUUUCCAACAGCUGUGCUACAAUAUAUCUCCGUGUGUUAUGUGUUCUUUCAGUCAGAUUCAAAAGAUGAUUGGUAAGAGAUUUUACUCAUCUCUGGGAAGCGGCGCUACUUAGUCCUCUCAGUAUAUCAAACAAACAAAAAUAUAAUGAUGUAGAUUGCAAGCACGCAGACCAAAACUGAUCUAACCUCACUCAUACACCUCAGCUCACUCCCCACACCUGAGCUCACCCACUACACCUGAGCUCACACCCUACACCACCUCCACUCCCACAUUGCAUCCCCUACUAGAACAGGAUUCAGCCUCGCUCCUCACUUCACCUCCUUCUCCCUUCCUUCCUUCCUUCCUUCCUUCCUUCCUUCCUUCCUUCCUUCCUUCCUCCUCUUUAUGUUUAUUUUUCACUUCCUUCUCUUUCUUCUUCCUUCUGUUAACCAAAAUUUUCUUAACACUAACUCUCAUCACUGUGUCUUCCUCAUACACCACCUUCUCACACACUAUCUUCUCACUGAAUAAAAAUAUAAAUAUUAACCUAUUUGUCUACCUUGUUAUGAGCUAAUCACUAACUCCUAUGAUUCUUUCUGUCUCUAUGUCUGUCUUUCUCCUGUUGUCUUUAUAUUUCUCGCAUUCUCUCUUUUUCUCUUUCUUUCUCCUUUUCUUCAGUCCCAAAACCAGAAUCUAAUUGUACCUGAUCCACUCUCUCUCUCUCUCUCUCUCUCUCUCUCUCUCUCUCUCUCUCUCUCUGUGCUUAUCCCAUUGUUUAGUUCUUGUUUCUCCUUAUUCCCUCUAUUUUGUUUUCCUUUGUACCUUCAAAACUCCUGUCAUUAUUUCCUUAAUGGUCUUUACCUGUCCCCCAUUCUCUCAAUUCUCCUCCUCCUCCUCCUCCUCUUCUUCUUCUUCUUCUUCUUCUUUUUCUUCUUCAUCUUCCUUUAUCCUCAGUUAUAUUUCCAUCUUUUGCCUCUGUCCUCCACCAUUGUUUAAUCCUUCCUUUGUUGCACAAUGCUUUUGGCGAUCCUUAGUGAGAUAUAUAUAUAUAUUUUUUUUUAAUCCUCUCAAAAACAGAAGUAAUAAUGUACAGGUAAGGGAAACGACAUGUGCCCUAUCAUUGUACAUAGUCGACUCUAUUUUGUUUUUGUUCUGGUAUUGAUUUCUAGCCGUUCAGACCCCACAGGUGAAACUCUUUAUUCUGGUAUCGAAUUCUCUUUUUUACGAUAUUUGUUAUUAUUUAAAUUUUUUACUUUGCUUGAUUGCCUGAUUCUCUUUGCUUGUCUGGACCCUCUGUGAUUUUUUAAAGACUUCCCUCCCCCUCACCCUCCCACCCAUAACCCAGAGAGUGAAACAAGUGUCAUUUUGUAGUUUCUGGAUAACAUAUACUGUACAGUAGAGCAUCAUAUUCCUGUGUUCACGAGUAAUUGUUGGUUCAUCUCUGCUGGCUAGUAAUUCUUUUAUUUCUUCGUCUCCUUUUGCACAUCAUUUAAGGGUUCAGAACUUUUUUUAUUUUUCCAUCUCCUCCACCUACUGAGCCUGCGUGCCUGCAAUGCGCUACCGUACAGAAAAGUGAGCCGCUCUGUACUCUAGCAUGGUACUCUCCAGGAAGUCCUCAAUGUUGUGUAUGGAUGGCGUCGCUCAGGGGCCUCUGACCGGGACUUGAGUAUUCCUUUUAGUUUACUUAAUGAAGGGUAGAUGACCCAGCAGGCAAGCCACAGCAGGAGUACCUGUAGCAGCAGGAGCCCGAGACCCGGUCGACUCCUGCGCCACCAGCCACACACAUCUGCCAGGUGUCUUCCUCCGGGUACCAUCUUUUUUUCCCUUGUACAGCAUUUACCUUAGUAACUCUAGCGUUGUUUGUAUGGGUUGUUUCUUUACAGGUCAGCCAGUGAUUGUCGGGGUUACGAUGCACAUUCUGAGUAUCAGCUCAGUUUCUGAAGUGCUCAUGGGGAAGGGGUCGUUCACAGCAGCUACCAACUCAGGCAGAGCCGCGGCCAUGACCCCCGCUGGAGGAUCUAAUGCAGGGGAAGGUCCUGAAUCCGAUGGACCCAGUCAGGACUUUACUCUCGACUUUUAUUUUCGUCAACACUGGACCGACCCUCGGCUGUCCUUCCCCGGUCGUGGGGGUUUGGACGAACUCACAGUGGGGUCGGAGUAUCUGCAGAAAAUUUGGGUUCCUGACACGUUUUUUGCCAAUGAGAAGAAGUCCUAUUUUCACACGGCCACCACCUCUAAUGAGAUGCUCAGAAUCACCAACCAGGGCAAAGUGUUGCGGAGUAUCAGAUUAACCAUCACCGCCUCCUGCCCCAUGAACCUACAGUAUUUCCCCAUGGAUCGACAACUCUGCAUCAUCGAAAUUGAAAGUUUUGGCUACAGUAUGGAUCACAUUCGCUUAUCAUGGCACGCUGGUGAUCGAUCCGUGGUCAUCGAGUCAGAUGUUUCGCUGCCACAGUUUCGAGUUCUCGGGUACAACAGGAAAACCAUCAUCUCCUCUACAUCUACAGGCAACUACUCUCGGCUGCUCUGUGAAAUCAUGUUCGUAAGGUCCAUGGGAUACUACCUGAUCCAAAUCUACAUUCCUUCAUCACUGAUUGUUGUUAUCUCAUGGGUGUCCUUCUGGCUAAACCGUUCAGCCCCAGCGACGCCGGCGCGAGUGUCCCUAGGGGUGACUACAGUGCUCACCAUGACUACCCUCAUGUCCUCUACUAACGCCGCCCUACCCAAGAUUUCUUAUGUCAAGUCCAUCGACGUCUACCUCGGCACUUGUUUCGUCAUGGUGUUCGCCUCGCUACUUGAAUACGCCGCCGUGGGCUACAUGGGGAAAAGAAUCCAGAUGAGGAAGAAUCGUAUCCUAGCGAUCCAGAAGAUGGCGGAGCAGCGGAAGACGGCGACCCUCGACCACUCGCACGCGUCGCAGGACCAUCCUGACCACGCCCCCAAGCAGACAGAGGUUCGGUAUAAGUUACACGAUCCCAAGGCUCACUCCAAAGGCGGUACCUUAGAAAACACGAUCAACGGGCGGGCUGACGAGGAGGCCCCACCACCCAUUGCUAAUUUGCUGCCUCACAAGGAUAUCAACAAGAUGACAUAUGAUUUCCCGCUGAGACCACAUGGCCUGAACAAGCUGUACGGUUGCUCACCCUCCGACAUCGAUAAGUACUCCAGGAUCGUGUUUCCAGUUUGUUUCGUAUGUUUCAACCUUAUGUACUGGAUUAUCUACUUGCAUAUCUCUGACGACUCGACGGAGGAUCUCAUUCUUCAUAAUCAAGAGAACUGAGGUCCGAGUGCGUACAAAGAAAACAAAAAAAACAAUUGGCUUCUUACUCUUUAUUUGUUUUACCUCACGAUGCUCAUAUGUCUUUGAGUUACGUCUGUGUUUACUAUGAAGUCACGUCACCUUAUCUAAAACAUCAAUAUUUAUUUGUGUGUGUCUAUUUUUUUUUUUCCAUUUUUACGUAAUAUACAAUUUUUUUCUACAUUUUUUUUUUAUAUAAUGUGGUUUUUUUUAAUCAUCAAUGCCACUUUUUGGAAUUUGGAAAUGCAUUCAUAACAGAAGGAAAAGAAUAUGAAGACAUUUUGUUUUCCUCAAGCGGUACAUCUUUCUUUGGUUAGCAAGACCGUCUCAGGUUAAGGAAAUUCUCAUGUAACUGUAUAACCUUAAUGCAAUGAUAAUCAUAAACCAAUAUCCCUUUACAAUCCUGCACAGACAGAUAUACAAACACACAUACAAGCAAACAAACAAACA